AUGGCAGCAAUCGCGCAAAAAUCAUCAUCAGAUUACGACUUGGGCGAAAAGAUGGAAGACAUAAAAAAAAUAGUAAUUGAAGAAGUAAGAAGGAAUUUAGUGUAUAAUAAACCAGUAGGACCCAUAAUGAGCUCAAAGGAUAUAUUAACCUUAAGUCAAGAACAAGAAUCGAAAUUCAAUGAAGAAGUGCACGAAUUAGGUAUACAUGUGAAUAGUAUACAUCAUAAUUCUACUCCUGCCUUUUUAUAUGAAAUGGCAUUAAAAUAUGAAUCGAAUUCAUUCAUUACAAGCACAGGAGCUUUAUGCUGUAUAUCAGGGGAAAAAACAGGUAGAUCUCCAUCAGAUAAAAGGAUAGUUAAAGAGAACAGUUCAGAAAAUGAUAUAUGGUGGGGUAAAGUAAAUAUACCAAUUAAGGAAAAAUCUUAUGAAAUAAAUAAAGGUAGAGCAAUUGAUUAUUUAAAUUUACAACCUAAUUUAUAUGUAAUAGAUGCAUACGCAGGUUGGGAUGAAAACUGUAGAAUAAAAGUUCGAGUUAUAACAUCAAGGGCAUAUCAUGCAUUGUAUAUGUUAAAUAUGCUUAUACCACCAAAGGAAAUAGAAGAAAUACAAAAUUUUGUUCCUGAUUUUAUUAUUUAUAAUGCUGGUGACUUUCCGUCCAAUAGGUUAACUGAUGGUAUGUCCAGUAAAACAUCUGUAAUUAUAAAUUUUGGCGCAAUGAAUAUGGUAAUUUUAGGAACACAGUAUGCAGGAGAAAUGAAAAAGGGUAUCUUAACAUUAUUUAUGUAUAAAAUGCCAAAGGAAGGUAAGUUACCUUUACAUUCUUCAUGUAAUGUAGGAAAAAAUAAUGAUGUUACGUUAUUUUUUGGCUUGUCGGGCACAGGUAAAACCACUUUAUCAGCAGAUGCAAACAGAUAUCUUAUUGGAGAUGAUGAACAUGUUUGGACGGAUGAUGGUAUUUUUAAUAUAGAAGGUGGAUGUUAUGCUAAAUGUAAAGGGUUAUCAAAAAGACAAGAACCAGAAAUAUAUAAGGCUAUAAAAUUUGGUGCUAUAUUAGAAAAUGUAGUUAUGGAUCCCAUAACGAGAGAAGUGGAUUAUAACAACUGUACUAUAACAGAAAAUACAAGAUGUGCUUACCCUCUUUCUUAUAUAGAAAAUGCAAAAAUUCCUGCAUAUAUACAUAACCAUCCGAAAAAUAUUAUUUUAUUAACUUGUGAUGCAUUUGGUAUUAUACCUCCAUUGUCUAAACUGGAUAUGUACCAAAUGAUGUAUCAUUUUGUUAGUGGAUAUACUAGUAAGAUGGCAGGAACUGAAGAUGAUAUAUUAAAACCAACAGCUACCUUUUCUUCUUGUUACGCUGCUCCCUUUUUAGCUCUUCAUCCUAUGGUUUAUGCAAAAAUGUUAGCAGAAAAAUAUCAAAAGCAUAAAGCAAAUGUUUGGUUACUAAAUACUGGUUGGAUUUUUGGUUCUUAUGGUUCAGAAAAUGGUGUACGCAUACCAUUAAAAUAUACUCGUAUGCUAGUAGAUUAUAUACAUGGUAAUAAGUUAAAUGAUAUUCAAUACAAAAAAACACCAAUUUUCAAUUUUAAUAUACCUGAACAUUUAGAAGGUAUACCUGAUGAAGUGCUAGAUCCACUAAUAGGAUGGAAAAAUAAAGAUGAUUACUUAAAAAGUCUCAAAAAUUUAGCGAAUGAAUUUAUUAACAAUUUUAAAUUGUAUGAAGAUAGAGCGGGAUCGGAUAUUCUUUCUGGGGGGCCUGUACUUUAA